AUGGAAGCAAAUGCAUUGGCUAAUUUGGGGUCAUCUACAGAGAUGAAAGGAUCUGACUCCAGUACUGUCGUUCAACUUCUACAUUCGGUAUUUGAUGUGGAUCAUUACUGCGAAGUCAAUUCAACCAACCUAGUCUGGGACUGGAGGAAUGAGUUUGUCGAAUACCUUCGGUAUGGAAAAAUUAUCCGAAAACUCGAAGGCAUCCCGGGCACUACAAACCAAAGCAGCUCGUUACUGCCUCGUGGAUGGGCAGUUAUACAGAAGGUCAUACCAAGGACAGUUGGCCCGGUGUCUGGGGGCCUCGGAGGCGGACUAUUGUUGUCCCCAUGGCCAUUAAUGAAAUGGGGAAUGGACAUAGCUGGUCUCUGCCACCGGGCCACUAAAAGAAUACCGAAGGAAAUUGCCUGUGACAACGGGCCGCAGUUCAUAGGUUCAAAAGUUACAAAUUUUUUGGAAGAUUUAAAAAUCAAGAGGAUUACAUCUUCACCGUACCAUCCAAGAGCUAACGGACAAGCGACAUCAACAAAUAAGGUGAUUAUCCAGAACCUCAAAAAGAAGCUAGAAGAUGAUAAAGGCAAAUGGCCCGAAGAGCUACCGGGUGUGCUAUGGGCUUACCGAACAAUUGCGAAAUCGAGCACGGGAGAAACACCUUUCUCUCUCGUGUAUGGAGCAAAAGCUCUGAUAUCGAUGGAAGUAGGGGAACCAACUCUAAGGUUUUCUCAAACAAACGAAGAAACAAACAAUGAAGAGUUUCUAGUGAGGCGAGACUUGCUAGACGAACAUAGGGACUUGGCGUAUGUGAUGAUGGUGGCUCAAAAUCAAAGGAUGGAAAUAUAUUAUAGUCGCAGGGCUAAUAUCCGCUACUUCAAAGUAGGAGACUUGAUUUUGAGAAAGGUGAUUCUGAACACUCAGGAAGUAAAUGCGGGAAGCUGGGACCAACAUGGGAAGGUCCUUAUCGGGUUUCAGCUAUCACCGAAAAAGUGUCGUACGAGUUGA